AAUGGGAGAAGAAGUGACAAUUAGCAACAAACAAGUCAUUUUAAAACACUAUGUGAGUGGUUACCCUAAAGAAUCAGACAUGGAAUUGAAGAAUAGCACUAUUAAACUGAAUGUUCCAGAAGGUUCUAAUGUUGUCAUUUUGAAGAAUCUUUACUUGUCAUGUGACCCUUACAUGAGGGGACGCAUGAAAAAAACUGAGGGUAGCUAUAUUGAUUCCUUCAUUCCUGGAUCUCCUAUCACAGGAUUUGGAGUGGCUAAAGUUUUGGAGUCUGGUGAUUCAAAUUUUCAGAAAGGUGACUUAGUUUGGGGAAUGACUGGAUGGGAGGAGUAUAGUAUUGUAACACCUACUCAGAAUAAUUUGUUUAAAAUUAAUGACAAAGAUGUCCCUCUUUCUUACUAUACUGGAAUCUUAGGGAUGCCUGGGAUGACAGCUUAUGUUGGUUUUUAUGAAAUUUGCUCUCCUAAGAAGGGAGAAACUGUCUUUGUUUCAGCUGCUUCUGGAGCUGUUGGUCAGCUUGUUGGCCAAUUUGCAAAGAUGUUGGGUUGCUAUGUUGUUGGUAGUGCUGGAAGCAAAGAAAAGGUUGAUUUAUUGAAGAGCAAGUUUGGGUUUGAUGAAGCUUUUAACUACAAAGAGGAGCAUGAUUUAGAUGCAGCUUUGAAGAGGUACUUCCCUGAUGGAAUCGACAUUUACUUUGAGAACGUUGGAGGGAAAAUGCUUGACGCAGUUCUUCUAAAUAUGAAACUCCAUGGCCGUAUUGCUGCGUGUGGGAUGAUCUCGCAAUACAACCUUGAGCAGACUGAAAGAGUGCACAACUUAUUUUACCUCAUCUCAAAACGAAUCCGCGUGGAAGGAUUCAUCAUUUUCGACUACUUUCAUCUUUAUUCGAAAUAUUUGAAAAUGAUCAUUCCAAAAAUAAAGGCGGGUAAUGUUGUCUACGUAGAAGACGUAGUUGAAGGUCUCGAAAAUGCGCCCACUGCUCUAGUUGGUCUCUUUUCUGGUCGCAAUAUUGGUAAGCAAGUUGUGAUGGUUUCGCGUGAAUGA